GAGUAUCAGCGACGACGUAUAGGGUGGACGAGAGAUAUAAAUUGGUGGAGCAUUUGGGACAAGGUGCGUAUGGCGUGGUUAUUGCUGCUGAUGAUUUUGAGACUGGGAAAUCUGUCGCUAUCAAAGUCAUCGAUAAUGCUUUCAACCAUAUUGCUUUUACUAAGCGAACACUGAGAGAGUUGAAAGUUCUUCGGCAUUUGAAGCACGACAAUAUCCUGGGAAUAAAUUCAAUUAUGACUUUUGGUGGAGUCCACGAUUUCACCCACGUCUGCAUCGUAACCGAUUUGUUCGAAACAGAUCUUGGAGCGGUUCUGAAGAGCAAUCAGAAUCUCACAUUGGUAGUUCUAGAAAAUGUU